ACAGUCAGUGUGUCGCGUCUAUGGGUGGCGUUAGUAUGCGUCUGUUUCAACUCCCAGCCUGACACACUUUGUGUUUUUUUUUUAUUUAUUUUUUCUUGUGUGUGUGUGUGUGUGUGUUACCACGCCUACACAGUGGCUGCCAAGGCUUACCCAUGAGUUAAACCUUCUUUAGUUGGUAAUGAGGAAGGCGUGGGCUCUAGCAGUGGACACCCGAAGGCAGCAGUGGGUGAAAACAAGCAAAAUAAAGAAAAGUUUGGCUGUGAGAAGGUGCUAGACAGCCAGCCAUAGUGACGAGGAGGCACCACCACCAUCACCACCACAGGGAAGGUAAGACACGCCAUAGCUGCGGAGGGAGGCACACAGGAGGACACAGAAUAUCUCGACUGUUUAAGUGUUUUGAGCCUUCCCUGGGUGACAUUUGAGUGUGCUUUCCGUGUGAUCUGCGUCCCAUUCAGCCAGCAACCAUGAUGAGCAGCCCAGUCCCCGUCAGGAGGAAAAAUAAGGCCAAUGCCAGCCAAAACAUCAAAGUGUUUGUCAGAUGUCGGCCCAUGAAUGCACAGGAGAAGGCUGGCAAGUCACAUAACAUAGUGACAGUGCAGAACAGCAGGGAGGUGGUGGUCAAAGAACGGCCCACUGACAAGUUUGCUAAAACCUUCACAUUUGAUCACGUGUUUGGCCAGGAUUCCAAGCAGAUCGACGUUUACAAAGCAGUGGCCAAGAAUUCAGUGGAGGAGGUUUUAAAUGGCUUCAACUGCACAAUAUUUGCCUACGGACAGACCGGGACUGGCAAGACUUUUACAAUGGAGGGUGAACGAGCCUUGGAUUCGACAACAUGGGAGGAGGACCCACUUGCCGGCAUCAUCCCCCGCUGUGUGAACCACCUGUUUGACGAACUCCGCAUGCAAAAAGUGGAGUUUACGAUGAGGGUGUCCUUCCUGGAGCUGUACAAUGAGGAAUUGUUCGAUUUGCUGUCUGCUCAUGAUGAUUUCUCUAAGCUGAGGUUAUACGAGGACUCCACCAAGAAGGGCUCCUGCAUCAUUCAGGGGCUGGAGGAGGUGCUGGUGAGGUCCAAAACAGAUGUAUACAGUAUUCUGGAGAAGGGAUCCACUCAACGACAAACGGCAGCCACUCUUAUGAAUGCCCACUCCAGUAGAUCGCACACUGUAUUCACUGUCACUGUGCAUAUGAAGGAAAACACAGUGGAUGGUGACGAACUGAUGAAGACCGGCAAGCUGCAUCUGGUCGACUUAGCUGGCUCGGAGAACAUAGGGAGGUCCGGUGCGGUGGAGAAGAGGGCAAGGGAAGCUGGAAAUAUAAAUAUGUCACUGCUAACUCUCGGCCGUGUUAUAACUGCGCUGGUGGAGAAGGCACCUCAUAUUCCCUACAGAGAGUCCAAACUGACCCGCCUGCUACAAGAUGCUCUGGGAGGACGCACCAAGACCUCUGUUAUUGCUACCAUUUCCCCAGCCUCAGUGAAUCAAGAAGAAACACUGUCAACUCUCGACUAUGCUCACCGUGCCAAGAAUAUACAGAACAAGCCGGAGGUCAACCAGAAACUGCACAAAAAAGAGUUGAUUCAGGAGUACUCCCAGGAGAUUGAAAGGCUGCGACGGGACCUUCUGGCUAUGAGGGAGAAGAAUGGGGUAUACUUGGCCAAUGAAAACUAUCAGGAAAUGCAGGCGACAAUGGAAGCACAGGCCACAGAAAUCACUGAGAAGAUUGCACACAUCAGAACACUGGAGGCUGAGAUGGAGAAGAAACUGCAACUGUUUGCCGAGGUGAGGCAGCAGCUGGAGACUACAUCCCAGGAGCUGGCAGACACCAAGGAGAGGCUGUCAGACACCUGCAACACUCUCUCCUGCACCCAGAAACUCCUGCACACCACUGCCCAGGAGAGGGAGGAGCAGCGAUACCUAGUGUCAGCACAUGCUAGGACAGAGGAGAAGCUGCAGGUGAAGGGACAGACUCUGAUUGAUGUAGCGUCCUGCACCUCCUCGGACCUGUCAAGACUCCACGACAAACUUGACCGCAAAAGGAAUGUUGAAAGCCAGAACACCCAGGUCUUCCAGGAUUUCCAGGCUUCCUUCACACAGAUCCAGGACAGCUUGAGGCACACACUGAAGUCCAGCUUGACCCAGCACACUGAUAAACUGAAGGAAGCCACCAGACUGCAUUGUGAGGGUCUGCAGGAGUGCCGAGGAGCUGUGAGCAGGUCAGGGAGAGCCGUGGGUGCCUUGGCAGACACACAUGCUGCCCUCACUGCCUCUGCCCUCACCCUGCAGGAGGAAAUGACGAAGGUGGUGCUGGGUGGAGUGAAGGGUGCCCGGGAGGAGGGUCGAGAAGCCUCCAUCCAGCAGAGGGACCUCCUGCUGGCGCUGCUGGCUACAAACACUGAGGUGACGGGGCAGAUGGCCGAGCUCAUCUCAUCUGCCAGCACCUCCAUCACCUCCCUGCACUCCACGCUCAAUGGAAAGUUGCAGGAGAUGGAGGGGCUGUGUGAGGGGCUGCAGCAACACCACAUGUCCCUAAGUGCCCAGGUGUUGCAGGAGGUGGAGUCCCAUCAUGCUUCACUCCUGCAGCACUCUGAAGAUACAGCCACCAGCCUCCAGUCCCUCCUCAACUCCCAGCACACACAGACACAGAGCAUCAACCAUGACCUUGACUCAAUGGUUGCCACACUGACUGCCAUGAAGAAGAAGAUGUCUGACCUGACCUCCUCCAGCCAGCAGCAGGUCACCUCAGCUCAGCAUAGCCUGUCCUCAGUGCAGGCUGGGGCUCAGGAGACCACUGGCAGGGUGAAGGCAAUGGUGCAGCAGGGAACAGAACACAGUGCCUCCCUACUGACUGUCAUACACACACAGAUGUCAGGAACUCAUUCUAAAGUUGAUGACAGUGUUGGUGAGCUGGAAAUGACCCUGCAGCGUUUGGGAGAGAAGCGCUGUGAGGUGGAGACAGCCCUGGAACAGCACAUAGGACAAGCACAGCACUCCAUCGAGGCCGCCACAGCAUUACAAGACCAGCGUGUCACAGAACUGGAGGAGGCAGUGGAGAAACAUGUAAAGACUGCAGAGAAGGAAAUGAAGGAUGGUGAGAGGAGCAUGAAGGAAGCCCUGGCCAAGGAGAGCAACACACUGCAAGAGGAGGCUGGGAAGUUGGACAGGGUGCAGGAGGAGCUGUUACAGAGGGUGCAGACAGUGGAGGAAGGGCUGAAGGAGUUGGUUAUAGAGGUGGACAGCUCACACCAAGCCCAGAGUGAAAUGGUGACAAGUCUUUUCACUCAGGAUAUGCUGCAUGACAAACCUACAGGUCAGACACCAGUACGCUGUAAUUACAGUUUCCCCAGCAGCCUGCCAGCCACCUCACCACACGACAGACUGCUGCAGAGGUUCAGGGGUUCUCUUGUGUCCUCCUCCAAGAUACCGCUGCCUAACUUUGGGGAUGAUCUUGAGGAUGACCUAGGGGAAACCUCCACCUCCACCACCUCCUCUGACUCCCUUGUGAAGGAAGAGGAUUCAGCUUCUGAGGAUAAGACUGAUGACCAAGGAUUUGUUGCCCCACGCCCUGCUCUCCAACGUGAGGACUCCGGCAUCCCUCUCUCUCGCUCCUCCUCUGUUUCCUCCAUCACAGAAGGCAAGGAAAAUGUCCGAGGCAGCAGGCAUAACAGCACCACCAACAUUAACAGCAGCAGCAAGAAGAGGGAACUCAAGCCUCCCACUGUAUACAAGUCAACCAGUAUGGAGAAACUCACGCACACAACCACCACCACCACCACCACAACCUCUGAGGGGCGCACACGGAGGAUAUUAGGUGCACAGAACUGAGUGUGUGUGUGUGUAAGAUUUAGUUAGUUUUUUAAAUGUUUUUUUUGUCCGUUUUUUUAUUCAGUGUGUGUGUGUGUGUGUGUGUGUGUGUGGGUGCCUUGUGCGUGCUGCUGUCCCAUUCCUCCACAUGUAUACUUUGAUGCAUACAUACGUAUACAUACUCGUGAAUUAUGUGGUCUUUUUAACAGAGACCAUUCUUAUUAUUAUUUAUUUAUUUUUUUAUAUUUUAUUUUAUUUUUUUUUUUAUCAUUAAUUUUACUUCCCAUUUUAUCAUUAGAUUUACUCAAGUUUUUAGUUAAGAUCUCUAUGAAUCUACUUGAGGAAACUAUUUUUUUUUUUUUUAAUAGGCAUAUUUUUAUUAUUUGUCUUUUGGAAAUAAUAAAAAAAUAUGCUUGUGUGUGUGUGUGUGUGUGUGUGUGUGUGUGUGUGUGUGUGUGUGUGUGUGUGUGUGUGUGUGUGUGUGUGUGUGUGUGUGAUGCCUUGUCUGGGCAGCCCCCUGUGGGACUCCCUGCCUGGUAUAGAGAUAUUUUUAUUAAUUUGUCUUUGUAUCAAGAUUUAGUGAGGUUUUCAAUAAGGGUCUCGAAGAAUCUACUUGGGGAAACAUAUUCUUAUUAAUUUUAGGCACCUGUAUAGUGUUUACAAUAAGUUAGGAGUAUUUUAUGUUUUUAUUCUGCCUUUUGACUAUAAUGGAAGGAAUGCAGACACAAACACCAUGAAGGAUAGAGAAACACACAAACACCAUGAAGGAUAAACACACAAACACCAUGAAGGAUAGAGAAACAAACAUCAAGAAACAAUAGACAAACAAACAGCACAAAGAACAGGAAAACAAACACAGUAUAAAGAAAGAUUACACAAAAAAGGCAACACAAACAACAUCAAGGAAAAAUUAGACAAAACAAACAGCACAAAGAACAAAAAUAAAACACCAUAAAGAAACAAUAGAGAAACAAACAAACAAACAGCAAGGGAAAAUAAACAAACAAACAGUAUGAAGAAAAAAAAUAGCAUAAAGAAAGAAUAGAGAAAUAAACAAAAAAAAAAAGAAACAAUUAAGAACAAAAUAAACAGUAUAAAGAAAGAAUAGAGAAAUAAACAAACCAUUAAGAACACAAACAAACAGAUUAAAGAACAGAAAGACACACCAUAAGGAAAAGAAACUACACAAACAACGUAAAGAAAGGAUACAUAACAAUACAACACGGAAGACAAGUGAGGUGAUUAAGUUUUUCCAGGAUUGUUGUUUUGUAUAUUACCCUUCAAAUUACAGGCAAUAGUAUUAAUAGUUUAGUUUAUGGUAAAGAAUUAAUGUUACAAUUGUUUUAGCUUCGUUAAUGUGUUUUUUUUUUUUUUUUUUUUUUUUUUUUUAAGGCAUGCAAUGAUUAUAUUUCGAUAUUUUUUUGAUGCAUAAUACUUUUUUAGAUUUAGGAUGAUGGAUUUGCUAUGCUUUUAAGUCUCUCUCUCUCUCUCUCUCUCUCUCUCUCUCUCUCUCUCUCUCUCUCUCUCUCUCUCUCUCUCUCUCAGUAUCGCAUCUUUGAUAAGAGUACAAUAAUCUGAAUCUGGCAGACGUUGCCGUGUUUCCACAUAUACUUCUUUUUUACCCAGCGUAAGUUUAAGACCCCGAGUGUCCCGAGUGUCUGUGUCUGCUGUGAGAGAAAGGUGUACCACAUUAAACAAGACAACCUCA